GUCAACGGCUGCUGCCGCACACUCACUCAUGUUUGAACUGCUCUAAUGGAAACGCAAUCGAUUGGAAAGUAGUCAAAACCUUGAACUGUCGUCAGUAGCGAAGGUAGGAUCCAAGAGGACUGUACUUAUAAAGAAAUCAACACAAGGGUCCUUCAUGGCUGCUCAAACACUUCAACAGCCCAGUUUCCUACUGGCAAAUCUGAAAGCUGAUUCAACCACCAAACCUCUCCUUCAUCGAUGCCAGGAUCUGGUGAAGAUUAUUGAUGAGUAUCCUGCAAAGGAGCUGCACUUGAUCUUCCCCUGGUUGGUAGAGAGCGUGUUUGGCAGUCUGGAUGGUGUCAUCGCUGGCUGGAACCUGCGAUUCCUGCAUUCACGAAGCAAUGAGUACAACAUUGUUAUGGAGUUUCUUAACCCCAGCGGGCCGAUGAUGAAGCUUGUGUAUAAACUUCAAGCAGAAGAGUACAAAUAUGAAAUACCUGUCAAUUAUCUCCCGGGUCCUGUGAAGGCCUGCAUCCAGGAGGGGGUUCUUCCUGAUUGUCCUCUUUUCCACAACAAGCUUCAGUUCCCUCUGUCCGGUCUGCUGACUCUGAACCUCGCUCUCAAUCCUUUUGAGUUUUAUAUGUUCAACUUUGCCUAUUGUCUCAUCACGCCAAAGAAUCACCCUCAAGGCUAUCAUGGCAGCUCCACUGACAGUGCCUACUUUGUGCUUGUGGACACCUACCUCAAAUACUUCCUCCCCGGUGAAGGAAAUGUACCCCCGUCUCCUUUCUCUGACUCCAGAGGGUCUGUCACUGCACCUUCACCGAGAUCCUCCAGUGUUUCUUUUGCAGGUUAUGGUGUCCAUAGUCCCAGUCUCCUUAAACAUCACAUAUUUCAUCAGCCAACAGUCAACGCAGACCCGUCAGCUCAGGAGAUCUGGAGGACUGAAACACUCUUACAGAUGUUUGUGGAGAUCUGGCUCCAUCACUACUCGCUGGACAUGUACCAGAAGCUUCAGUCUCCUCAAGUGAAGCUGGCGCUGCUGCAGUACCGCCUCAGUAUGUCCAGCAUGCCGUGCCAACCCCACGCCCCACCAGGCUCUGGGACCCUCCACACCUACCAAGUACUUUUACCUUUUCAUUCACCCCCGCCCCUCUGGGGCCUCCUGGAGGAACCCUUCAGUCCAACAGAGGAGCACGUGUUGGUGGUGCGUCUCCUGGUGAAGCACCUACACGCCUUCUCCAACAGCCUGAAGCCCGAGCAGCUUUCGUCCUCACCUUCAGCUCACUCACACACUCACACCAGUCCCCUGGAGGAGUUCAAGAGAGUUGUAGUGCAGCGAUUUGUGCAACAGAAACUUUACCUGUUUCUGCAGCAUUGCUUUGGUCACUGGCCUCUAGAUGCCUCCUUCAGAGCGGUAUUGGAGACGUGGCUGAGCUACAUCCAACCUUGGAGAUACACAGGAGAAAAAACCAAUCCUCAGCCAGACCAAUCCAGAACAGUGCCUGACAAAUGGGAAUCUUUUGUUCAGGAGAACCUCCUCAUGUACACAAAGCUCUUCCAGGUGUUUUUGAACAGAACCGUGAGGACGGAUCUGGUCAAUGCCAAAAACGCUCUGAUGGUCUUCAGGGUGGCUAAAGUGUUCGCUCAGCCAAACCUCGCUGAGAUGAUCCAGAAAGGAGAGCAGCUGUUUCUGGAGCCAGAGCACGUCCUCCACCAUCGACAACCACGCGGCUACCUGACGCCAAACCAAGGAGGCAGCUUCCUGUCGUCACGGCAAAGAGUGAUGACAGAUGUGGUGUUCAAGGUAAAGAGCCACGUCUACGCUCUGGAGGGUCAGGACUGCCAGUACAAACAGAUGUUUGGUACUGAGCUCAGAGGAGGGGUCAUGAAGUUGAUACAGAUAAUUGCACAGGCUAGACAAACAGCCAAAAGGAUUUCUGAUCACUCCAAUGAGGUGUCAGCAAACACUUCUUUCCUAUCCUGGUUUGGGAUGGGCUCUUCGGAUCAUAACAACACGUUCGCCGGGGCCGAACCUGAGGAGAGCGGGGAGUGUUUGAAAAAGACCCACGAGUUCCUGGAGAGGGCUUUGGAGAAUCUUUGCCAAAUCUUCAAGCUGAACCAGGGCCAGCUGACUCAGCUAAUAUCCAACCUGAGUUCUUCCCAGGACGAUGGAAGCUCCAAACAGCUUCCAGACUGCAUCCAGAGUGAGAACGGACUUAUUCUGACUGACCUGGGCAGGAGGCAGAUUAUAAGUGGACUGCGCAGGUUCGAUAUUCACUACCAAGGAGACCCAGAGCUCCAGCCCAUUAGGAGCUACGAGAAUGCCCUGCUGGUCAGGCUCUUCUACAAGAUCUCCUCUUUGGUUAAUGAGAGGUUUGGAGGUCACAUGAGUGCACUCUGCUCCCGCCCAGACUUCCUGGGUCGUCUGGGUCGUCACUACUUUGCUGAUCACGAUUCAGCAACCAAACUGAAGCACAGCCCAGUGUCCCGAUGGAUGCUAGAGAGGAACCGACAGCCAAGGCUAAGCCUGCGUCCGCUGGCCAGCUACAGGACGAUACUGAUGCUGCUGCUCUUCUACAUGUUCGGAGCGCUGCUGUCAUUUGGCCCCAUAUCCAGCACACUGCUCAUCCUCACAGGGGGAUUUCUGUAUGGACUCUUCAUGACGCUUUUUGGAGACAAACUGAAGACACAUUAACAAAGCCACAGGGUUCCCAUGAAAUUUGCAGCUUAAUUCAGAGAUCACUUCUACAAAAAUGCUUUGUAAAAACAGAUGCAAACAGUUAAAAACCUUUAUGUUUUGUAUUAAGGGCUAUAAGUUAAUUUGUUUCAUACUUGGCUAACCCAGUGGGGAUAUCUUCUUGUUUAAAACCCCACAGAGAUGCCAUCAAACAUCUAAAACCCCAUAAUAUUUCAAGUAUCUGUGCCCAUAGCUGCCGUUUUUGCAGCAUUUCAUCACACACCGAGCACAAAAAUUCCCCAGCUGUUUUGUGGCUUUGCCCACAGCACUCUGAGUUUAAAAGAGUUUAACUUUUUAAACAGUGCUGCAUUCAUUAAUGCCACUUCUGCCUUAACUGACCGAUCAAAAGAUGGGUGGGCCUUAUGAUUUCACCUUUAACCCUGUUUACAUUUUGUAUUAACCAUGCAAUUGGGGCAUUUGAACCUCAAAGGACUGCACUGUAGUAUGUUCAGCCAUACUAUGCAUGUCUUCAGUGAUGUAUCAGCACACCUGCCCACCUUUUAUGGAAACAACAGGCCCUCCAUCAUUUCUGUGGCUCUCUUACCAUGGCUUAAUAUCCUGACAUGCUCUACAUGAUGAGUUAUCACAGUUGAGCCAGUUCUUAGAGCUGGCUUCUUUUGUGAACAGCAGAAGCUCGUAGUUUUCUUUUUUUUUAACCCAUUUUCUGCUGUUGUUUUAUCAUGUCCUUGAAAACAAGAAGAUAUUACGCUUACAUUUAUAAAAGACCCUGAGGACACUACUGAGGGAAGCAACAAUAAACGCUGGUGAGAAGUGCACUAAAAUGAAGGAUGUAGGCUAAAAGGCUAAAGGCUGGCAGUCAUGGACACGCCCUUGGGUUAGGGUAGGGGACACGCCCUCAUACUCAAACUAAAGGAACAGCGGCAAAAUUGGCUCAAACAUAAAUUUUUGGAUCUCUUGUCAUGACUCAUCAUGUGACAACAGUUGCCUUAAUAUGUAACUUUUUUCUGUAGAGAAUCGUUGAGCUUAUUGAGUGCUACAGUGAAUUAAGAAAUCAGAGUCAGAUUGGAUGUUAGUCAGGCAUACUCCUUAUAUUCUUAUGUUUUAGACUCUUAAGGUUUAGUAAUGUUUUAGCAGUCUCUAUUCAAAUGUUGCUUACAGUUUCAGCUUUUCAUGUCUAAGGAACGGCAGCUUUUUGAAUUCUGUGGGAACCCUGCUGGCAGGAGUUUGGCAGCUUUUUGUUCUUAAUGCUUUGACUGCUUUGCUGUAAAAUGUGGUCCAUAUAACUGUAAAUAAAGAUGCGAGUGUUGA